CUCUGUAGUACUUUAUAACCACCACGUCCUCCCUCCCCUCCAUCUCCCUUUUGCUUGCUUCAUUCCAAACCAGUGAAAACCAACGACUUCUCCAAACGAGAAUUCAACGACGACGAUACCCAAACGAACAACUAUUUCAUAAAUCUACCACUUUUUAACCUACCACACAAUACCAACCGCCAUCAUGUCUCUUCACUAUCUCCCCCCCGUCAAGCCCUCGGCCAUUGCCCUCGGCACCAUCUUCAACCAUGCCACCGAGCUGGCCAUCAUGACCCCCCUGUUCGGCCAGACCUACCAGCGCGCCAAGAUCUCCAACAGCAAGGAGGAGUUCAUCAAGUCGCGCGAGGCCACCUCGGCCGUCAUGGCCUGGGGCUCUUCCCUCGUCGGCUCUGCCCUGCAGUCGUACGGCAUUGGCGCUCUCAUCAACGCCACCGGCACCCUCAGCUACCGCGGCGCCGCCUACCUCGGCGGUCUCAUCUUCGCUGCCACCUCUGCUCCCGGUUUCAUCUCUGAGAUGUUCGUUGAGAAGCGCGCCUUUGAGACUGUCGGCAUCAACGUCCUCGCUAAGCUGUUUGAGACUGUCGGCCUUUCCGUCUUCCUUACCUGGUGGGGAACGCGCACCAACCCUUUUGAGUAGUGGGUCACCCUAUUCGCCUCUGCUACCUCCGGAUCGCCUACUCUCGGCCGGACAAGCUGGCGUGCCGAGUAAAGGGUUCUUUUUGAGUAAGAGGAACUCCGGGAUGGUUUAAUGAAGUUAAUGAUAAUGGGGAACUUGAGUAUCGCACCUACAAUUUGGAGUGUGGGCGUGUUCCUGGGCAUUUCCUGUUUUUUUUUCUUGGUACCCUCUGUAUUGUAUCAAGCUAUUAGCAUAGUAUCAGCAUUCCUGAGAUGAAUGGAAGACGCUGGCGAUACCUC